AUGGAUGACCGCAGAGACAAUGUUGGAGGAGGCGGUCGAUACUACGGCCCGAUCCCUGAGCUAAACAUCCCUCCACCCCAACCCAAGAUGCGCCGCAAGAUACGCCGGCAGCCUCCACAGGAGACGGUGAACCAAUUCUGGGAUCGAAUGGCUCCCAGGUUCCCGGGUAAGGUCUUUACAGUCCUCCCUGACAAUCCCUAUGCUCGCAAGAAGGCAGCAAAGACGCCCCAUGGCACCGUCUCCGGCCAACGCGCCGCGAAAUCGUACGAGGAGGCUCGCGCCGAAUGUGAGAAAGAUGUGAACAGGAUUAUCAAGGAGUGCCGUCGACUCAACCAGAAGUAUCGAGAUCUGCACUUCGACAUCGAGUGGGAUCUGAAGUCGGGCCAAAGGAAUUGCCUGGACGGCUUGAGCACGCCAGGUGAUUCAAUGAAACCAAAGGGCGUCAAGAGAAUAACGGACAUCUUCGAGAAACCCCAAUUCUUCAUCAAUGGUCCCACUGCUGGCGACGUCAGACAGGGCCGCGAUGGGGACUGCUACUUGAUGGCCGCUCUCUGUGGCUUGGGCAAUAUGGAGGGUCUCAUUGACAAAGUCUGCGUCAAACACGAUGAAGACUGCCAGGCUGUCGGAGUAUACGGCUUUGUUUUCUUUCGAGAUGGCGAGUGGCAGCAUACCAUCGUCGACGAUAAGCUCUACACCCGAGCGCCCGAUUACGACGAAGCCCAAGAUGAGCGCGUGGUUUGGGACGAUAUCAACCGCGUCGACAGCGCCGAGGAAUAUCGCAAGGCACACCUCACAGGCUCACGAGCACUAUACUUUGCACAAUGCAGCGAUGAGAAUGAAACCUGGCUGCCACUGCUCGAAAAGGCCUACGCGAAAGCUCAUGGAGAUUUUGCCUCUAUCGACGGAGGUUUCACUGGAGAAGCCAUCGAGGACCUAACAGGAGGUGUGACUACUGAAAUCUACAGCACUGACAUUCUGGAUCGUGAUGCCUUCUGGCGAGAUGAGUUAAUGCAAGUCGGGCAGGAGUUUCUCUUCGGGUGUGCGACGGGCUUUUACGCGAAUUGGCUUGACACCAGUGGCGCGCCCCGUGAGCGCGAAGGGAUCUCUGAAGGCCAUGCCUACAGCAUCAUGGAUGCGAAGGAGGUCAAUGGCGAACGUUUGUUGAAGCUCCGCAACCCUUGGGGCAAGAAGGAGUGGACGGGGAAGUGGAGCGAUGGCAGUUCAGAAUGGACACCCGAAUGGAUGCAGCUACUCGACCACAAGUUUGGGAAUGAUGGUAUUUUCUGGAUCUCAUACGAGGAUUUGCUGAAGAAGUAUCAACACUUUGACCGAACUAGGAUCUUUGGCCCGGAAUGGACCGUGACACAACGCUGGACCAGUGUCAGUGUUUCGUGGUCGGCUGAAUAUCACAGCACGAAGUUCUCGUUGACGCUGGAAGAAAAAACCCGGGUCGUGAUUGUCCUAGCACAGCUGGACGAUACCUACUUUGGAGGCCUCGAGGGCGGUUAUGGAUUCGACCUCCAGUUUCGCCUCGAAUCUGACAACAAGGAGGACGAGAACGACUACAUUGUCCGGUCCAAUGGCAACUACGCCAUGGCUCGAUCAGUCAGCACGGAUAUCGAGCUGGAAGCUGGGACAUACUCGGUCUUGAUGAAGAUCACGGCCACGAGGCACUCGGAUCGGGAACAUGUCGAGGAGGUCCUUCCCCUGUACACCGCCACGCGCCGCGAAAAACUCAUUCAGAUGGGUCUUUCCUAUGAUCUAGCCCAUGCGAAAGGGGUGCACGUAGAGACAGAAGCUGAGCGAAAAGAGCGCAAAUUACGGGAGAAGAACCAGAGAGCCAAAGUACAAGAGAAAAUGAAGCAGCAGGCCAAGGCUCGGGCCGAGAAGGAUUGGAGGAGACAGAAGAAAGAGCAUGACCUCGACAAGAAGAGGAGAGCAAGGAAGAAUCACUGGCGACAAAGGAAGAAUCGCAUCAACGGGGGUUUCGAAGAGGAGAUAAUAGUUGAGAGAAGGGUUGAGAGAAGGCAUGAGAGGAGAGGAACAUUGGACAGCCUGAUUUCAGAAAAGCCUGACACCGGGAUUGCGGCUAUCAACAUCCCAGAUGGAAUAGUCAAUAAAGGCGCCAAAGAACGAGCUGGACCGACUGAGGAACCCAGUGGCGCAUUCCAACCAGAGGCCAAGCCGACCGAACACAUCUCGAUUGAGAAGAUUGUUGAGCCCCUCGAGGAUGUGAUCAAAAUCGCCGAUGCCGAAACACAAGCUAACACAGCGGACUCGUCUUCAGAUGCCCAGGCAAUACAGGCGACCAAGCCAGCGACAGAUGCACCAGACGAGGAGUCAAGACCUACAGCAAAUGCGGAGGCCAAUGGCUCUGCUGUUGUCACCGAUGUCAAGCCUCUGUCGAAUGCACCUCCACUGUCCCGGCCAGAGCAUCUCGCCAACGGCGUCUCGGUCGACGGAGGAGACACAGGAAAGCUUGGUCAGGAAGAAAGGAGUACCCACGAGCCUCUCUAUGAGCGGCCUCAACGAAGUGACACCCUCGAUACCACAGCUGCCAUGAUCGGCAUCGGCAGUGGCGCAGAUUUGACUCGCGAACCCGAGGACGGGGACUCCGACGGAGGGCGAAUCGAAACGCCACACCGCAGCGGUAGCCCAUCAGAUACCGCCGAAGGUCCAAAGCCAGACGGAGAAGAAGAGCCCGCCUCGGACGCAGACUCCUUCCCUCCCUUCGACUGGGACACCGAACUUGAUUAUUACUCCGGCCCCGCCAGCAGCGACUCGGACGACGACUCCCUUCUUUCCUCAGCGGUGGUCGAGCGCAGAACUCGCCCGCGAUAUAGACCGCAUUAUAUCCGCCGAGUGGGGAGAGGACGACGUUCGCGGUCUCCGCCGAUAGGACCAAUCCCACCGCCCGGGCCGAGAGAUUUCAUCGAGAUCGUAGAGAAAGGCGGCAACGCACAUGAUGCAGACGAUGACGGGCCGGAAGAAACAUGGAAUGCCGUCUGCGUCGUAGGCCUGAGGGUCUACUCCACGUUGAAAGGCGAGGGUGUCAAGUUGAGAGUUGUCAGACCGUCUGGAUGCUCAGAGGACGAGGAAGGACCGAGAAAGGGCAAGGAGAACCAAGGAUCCAGCAGAAAUGGAAUCGGCGAUGGCAAUGGCAAUGGCCAUGGGGCAGCAGCGGGCAAGGACGCCAUCUUAGAUCCGGAUGAUAUUUCAAAGGGUGCCGUUGCGGCCGAGCCGGAGAGUACCGGCACUGUGGUCGAGGGGGAAGGACAAGUCAAUGUGAUCAACAAGGGGGAUGACUUGAAGUUGGGCAGCACGAGAGAGGUACAAUGGUCGGGAACGCGGGAGGACAAUCCGGGCCGCACAAAAGGAACGAGGUCACGAAGGGAGAGACAGCUGCCCAGGCGGUGA